GCCUUGUCAUUUUACACCCCACAGCGGCGACUCGGAGCAGGGUUGCACGUCCCAGCCAUGAAGUUCUGUAGGUGGGGCGGGCUUUAAUUUGCUUAUAUCUAAUGAUUUCAGGAGCCUCGCUUUAAAAUGGCGGCAUUCAGUACGCACCCCUGCUAAAGGCUCUCCCGGCACCGGGGCCACCUCGCGCAGCGCUGCUUUUGCUUCUGCCGCUAACAGAUGGCAUGUGUCGCUGUCGCUGCCGCUGCCCCCGCCGCUGCCGCUGAGAGCAGGACCCCUUAGCCCCCGGGUUUGCGCUAGCAGCAUAAGGUUUCUGAAAAGUGCCUUUUCUGAAGGCACUGCUGCUUCGGUUCCUCUCUAGAGCUGUGUCUUUAUAAACCCCUCUUCCUCCCCAGCCCCCAAACCUAGUGUGCUUAUAGUUCAUUCUCAGCAACUCGUCCGUUCUUUUUUCCCUUCGAUUCCCAGUUUCCCUAGUCAUUUUCCUACUGAUUUUGCGGCAAAUUUUAUUUUUACAGUUGUAACGUCCUUACCAAUCUUAAUCAUUAAAUACAAGAAGUAGGGAGAAAAACAUUUCUCCCCUUGAUCUGAGACCAUUCCACAAAUUGAAGGGCAACCAGCAGCAUAUGCUUUUUGCAAGAAUAAUUGAAAUAUCAACUGGAGAGCACAGAAUUCUUUUGAAAGCCUGCCAGUUAUUUGAAGCAACUUCGGCAGAAGAACAAAUUAAACACUCAAGAUCUUAACCUUUCCGGUUGCCUUCUUAGGUGUUGGUCUCUAAUUUAAUUCUUAGCUAUUCUGAUACAAUUUUUAUUUUGUGAUUGGCUUUUUGUUUGACCAGACCAAAUUUUGGCUGAAGCGAAAACCUAAUUACUAACAAAGAAGCAUUUCACCAAAGCAACCUUCUCUCUUCACAUAUACCUUGAAUCUAACUUCGCUUUCAAUAUGACGGCUGUCAAUGUUACCCUGGUUCGUGACACCAAGUGGCUGACUUUAGAAGUCUGCAGAGAAUUUCAGAGAGGGACCUGCUCUCGAGCUGAUGUAGACUGCAAGUUUGCCCAUCCGCCAAGAGUCUGCCACGUGGAAAACGGCCGUGUGGUGGCGUGCUUUGAUUCCUUAAAGGGUCGGUGCGCUAGAGAGAACUGCAAGUACCUUCACCCUCCGCCACACUUAAAAACUCAGCUGGAAAUUAAUGGGCGCAACAAUCUGAUUCAACAAAAGAGUGCCGCAGCCAUGUUCGCCCAGCAAAUGCAGUUCAUGCUCCAGAAUGCUCACAUGUCAUCACUUACUUCUUUUCCUAUGAAUCCGUCACUUGCAGCUAAUCCUGCAAUGGCUUUCAAUCCAUAUUUACCUCAUCCUGGGAUGGGCCUGGUUCCUGCUGAACUUCUACCGAACGCACCCGUUCUGUUUCCUGGAAACCCGCCUCUCGCAUUGCCAGCAGCGGCUGGUCCCAAACUGAUGCGUUCGGAUAAACUGGAGGUUUGCCGAGAAUUCCAGCGUGGAAAUUGUACCCGUGGUGAGAACGAUUGUCGCUAUGCUCACCCUACGGAUGUUUCCAUGAUUGAGGCAAGUGAUAAUACCGUGACGAUCUGCAUGGAUUACAUCAAGGGGCGAUGCACCCGGGAGAAGUGCAGGUACUUUCAUCCUCCUGCACACUUGCAAGCCAAACUCAGGGCAGCUCAUCACCAGAUGAACCACUCAGCUGCCGCCUCUAUGGCCCUCCAGCCUGGUAUGCUUCAACUGAUACCAAAGAGAUCGGCACUUGAAAAGACCAAUGGUGCCACUCCGGUCUUUAACCCCAGUGUUUUCCACUGCCAGCAGGCUCUGGCUAACCUGCAGCUCCCACAGCCGACGUUUAUCCCGGCAGGGCCAAUACUGUGCAUGGCACCCGCUUCAAGUGUUGUUGAAAUUCUGAACAACAGAGUUACGGAGUAUCAAGAUCUCUCCGUGAGAACCUCCAUAUGGCCUUUCCACAUAUAUUCUCGUAGGUCCUCUUCUACCAACGCAACAAUAAGUGUGGUGCGGUCAAUAUAUUAAACAAAACGCAUAUACCAACCAACAGAGUCAAACAAAACCAACAAAGCAUUGAACAGUCAGUGGAGAUGUUGAAACAAAACACGCAGAGAAAAUGAAUAACUAACAUUUAUCUUAUUUGAAUUAGUAGGUACAACGUGACUGUAAAGUUUUGUAGUUUGUUGCAUUAGUUUUUGUGAUUUUCCAAUAACCAUUAUGCUGAGUGAAUCUCCACAGUGGACUGUUGGCUUACUGUGCAUUCUUGGUGGGUAAAUGUUCGUCUGUUUUGAAGUGUUACCUUACUGUUUUGUUUACACAACAGUCUAUUGGGUUGGUUUAGAAUGUAACAAAUGUAUCCAGUACCAUUUUCCUCACUAUUGUAUUGUAUUGUAUUGUGGUGUGUUGAGUUGUGUUAGAUUUUUACAUACUAUAGUGUUUUCCUCUAGAUGUGUGGUGUUUGAUUUCAACUAAAAUAUUACUAAUGGGAAACAGAAAUAUCUGUGUUUGAAAAACAUAACAGAUUAAUGUUAAUAUGCUUUCUCUCUCUUUAGAACAUUGCUGUAGGUUUCUUGACGCAGGCAUUCAUUAUAAACACGCAUAUGUAUAAUUUGUACCUGCGGAUCUGACCUGGCAUAAUACAAUCACAUGACUAGGUUUUUUUGGGGGAGAGAGACAUAAUCACCUGCAAAAAACAGGGAACUUCUGAGAAUAUGAACCUCUAGUCUCACUCCUCAAAUAGCUUGCAAAAUCACAAUUUACCUUUAGAGGAAUUUCUCAGCAUUUAUGGGCAGUGCCCAUGACGUUUCUCGUGGUUCAAUGAUCCUAUCUCCUAGGUUGAGCAUCUAAAGCUGAGCCAUUUGUCAACUUCAGCUGAAAAUUGGUACUUGGAGCCUUAAAGGUAUGCUGAUUGUAGGUUAUAAAUUAAACAGGGAAGGGACGGCAUGGAGAUCGUUUUUACGUUUUAGAGGAAAGUGUUGCAAUGUAACCUUUUACACAAAUGCCAUUCUCUUGACGAAAAUGGCACAUGUUCCUUAGACUACUCUUGGAAUAAUAAGAGGCAAUCUUGCAAAAGUCAGAGUGAAAGAGAAUUGGUUCCAAGUGAGGUCUUUCCUCUCCAAAUGGACAGUCUUCUCCACUGGUCACAGUUGGAGCGUGACUAUAGGUUGGGAGAAACAGUGGGGGUGAGGUGGAGGGUAGGAAGACAUUUCAAAUGAUUUUUUCGAUUUACUUAAAAUUGCUAGGAAGGCUGUCCACAGUUGUCUUCAGAUUCAGUUCAACCGAAUUUCCAGUUCCGUUGGACACUUCAGCGAAGGGGCCAGCAUCUAAGUCAAGUGUUGCCUUUCCCAGACUUUAUUAACAACAGAGUCAUAUCAUAACCAAACCUUUUGUUUCUUCAUUUAGAUUUGUUUGUUUUUAUAUGUAUUUGAAAAUUGUAAUAGAGAGGUUUUCAGCACCCUUUGGAUGAGACAGACCGGCUACGCUCCAUGGAGCUGAGCUGAAUUCACGUUACUAAUCCUCAUGAAAUAAUUGUAUAACCCAGUAAAAUAGUAAUUCGUAUGGUCGGUGACAUACCUCCUCCACUGUAGUCAGUUAUUAAAGUCACUCUUGCUAUACAGUGCUAGAACCAUAUGAUGUUUCCCAUCAGCCUAGGGUUAAUAUUUUCUACUAAAUGUGUAUUCUCUCUCUAGAAAGCAUACAAUCAGCAAGUUUAAGAUGUAUAGCAGGUUUGUUUUCCUUUGUGAAAAUGACAAGCAAAGAGAAAAUCGGAUUUAGGAUACCUUAAGCUGGCUAGCCCUGUUUGAAUCACAGAACAAUGGAGUUGGCACAACCUCCUUCUCACAAGGGAUAAAACUGGGGCCUGGAGCACGUGACCUGCCCACGGCUACUUACCUAAUCGGGGGCAGUUAGACCCAGAAAAAUCUCCCGACUUCCGGUUGUUCCUCUGUUUCGAAUUGUUUGUGCUGCAGAACAUUCGCGACUCCAUCCCAAAGCAGAUACAUUCCGCUGAGAAUACAAAAGGGCAAAAUGAGCUGUUUGGUAGUGGAUACCCUGUUGUUCUUAAUGAUUGAUCCCGAAUCAUGAUCGUCAGUAAUUUCUAAAUGGUCUUGCUUGUGUCAAGACAUUGUCAUCUGUUAACAGUAUUGCCUGGAGUUCGAGAACAAGAGGGGUCCAGACUUUUACCUGUUGAUUCCUUGAACCACUUCAUUUCUGUUUCCCAAAAUCUUAACAUUGUUAGAGAAGAAAGUAGAGUAGGCCUUUGUGAAAUAACCUGUGUAUAGAACCCGUGCCAGUGCCUCUCCAGAGCUAACCACACAAACCCAGGAAGGAUGCACCGAGCUAGUCUGGUGUCUUCCUCAAAGGGGAUAGAGAUGUCUUCAGUGCAAAAUGAACUCUUUUGUGUAAUUUGAUGUUUUGAUACAACGUACUGUCUCAUUUAACCUUUUCCGCUUCUGACGAAGAUGUACAUAGACAAGAAGCGUAGAGUACGGUGGUUUUUAUGAUGCUGUGAGCACUGGAAGACAUCAGUGAUGACUUCUUUUUCAGUAAGAGGUUCAGUGAAGGAUUUGCAGGGUAGUUGCAGUCUUGGUGCCACAAUAUUUGAUAUAGCUGGCAUUUUAAAAGUUACUUUGUAAGUGAAUUUAAAGAAAGAAGAUUCAAAGCACUAAAGUUUUGAUCAGAUGCGAAAGAACGUUGACAAAAAUGCAAUUGUAAGAUAGCACUCUUUAAACUAGUUGUGCAAUGACUUACUCAGAUUCUCUUUAUUCAAGAAAAGAAACGAAGAAAGGAGAGUCAUUAGACUAUAAAUUUCCAGUGAAAAAGCCAAGUCACAAAACUAAUCAGUGACUCUAAACAAUAAUUUACUGGAUGAAUUGUAUAUAUAAAAUUCUAACCACUUGUGAUUCUUAGUUAGCAUUUUAUAAGCUUUGUAUUUUACAAGGGCUUCUAUUCUUAUUUAUCCCGAAUUAUUGUUUUUGUCCAUUUCUCUCAGCCUUUUGCAAAAAUAGGCAAGAGUACUGAAACUUGGAUAAAACAGGUCAGGUAUACAGAGAAAAUAAUCUAAAAGUUAUCUGUUAAGAGGGUUUUAGUAGUAUCAAAAAAUUUUUUAAAGGCACUAUGUGAACAGAAGUAUAUUUUAAAGAGGGAUUAAGAUGAAAUUAAAACUAAAUGGAUUCAUAAAAUUGCUAUUUAAAUACAGUAUUUACUUUUGCAAUUGGAGCAUGAUUCUCUAACCAGCUGUUGCAUUUCAUCUCACUUGUCUAGACUAGAGUCUAAUCUGUAGUUCAUUGUCAUGUGAAAAGCCAUCUUCUCCCUCCUCCAUCAACCUUCGCCAUCCAUUUUCAAACAUGCGAAAGCACUUUGAUCUUGCCGUUAAGUGUUGUCCUACACCAUGGGGCUGUGUUCACUAAGGUUCCGACUUAUUUUAGUCUGUAGGGUAGGCUGUAAUGCACAGAAUGAUUAGAAACUGGAAUCCUCUUUCUUUUUGUCUCUUCUCCUUUUCUACACACCUUGAAAUCGAAGUAGGGAAAUAGGCUCUCCCGAUUGUGUUGAAUAGAUGUAGGAAGACAGCGGCCUCAUUGUUAAUUUUACCAGUGCCCGUCAAAGGCACCAGAAUGAGUAGUAUCUAAAAGAGUAUCAACUUUUUUUUUGCAAACCUAGUUGAUAGCAUCAUCAAACUGUAGAUAAUGAUUGCAAAUAUAGGUUCUGACCACUAAGUCACUAAUUGGUGCCAGGUUUUCAUUUUUUUUUUUUUAGUUUUUAAGGUUUUUAUUAUACUACAUUUUUAUAUCUUUAAGUCACUAACGAAUUUAACUUUACAAGAGAGUUAGAGAAAAGUUUAAGAGUUUACUACAUGUAGGUUCUAAACUGACACCGAAGCAUGAUAAGAUACGGAGUAUAGUCCAUAAUUAUUCUUUACAGUUCACAGUUUAAGAACAAACUUACCUUUAUAUACAAAUAAUAACUUUUAACUAAUUAUAUUUAGUCGUUGCUUUAGCAACAAAACUACAACAUGGCUACCUUUAGACACGUGUUUUUUUGUGAUGAUUUUACUUGUUAACUAUUUUACUUGUUUUUGACAGUAUGAGCACGUAGAAGGUAUAGCUCAAAACUCAGAGAACAGAUCCGGCUGAAUUGUUCUUUAAUCCCAGAUUGCCAUGCGAAAGUUGAAUUUGUGUCCUUACGUGACUUUUUGAUCAAAAAGUUUACAACACAUGGAUUCUAGAGUCAGGCUAGGGUUAUUCCACAGUAUUUCGACUUCGAAGCACCAUCAUUGCAUUUCUAAUCUAUUACCUGACCUUUUUUCAAAACAUUAUUUAUUCCAAAUUACCCUAUGCAGGAGGCAUAGCUGUCACUACAAAAAUUCUCUUUUCUGGAAUUAUAUACCCACCCCCAACACAUCCAAAUGAGGAUUAAAGAAGGAUGGGUGCGUAUUUUGAAAUGAGUUCGUAUUUGUAAAACCAUGCAUGAAGAUACUGUGGAAUGACCCCUUAACAGUGUUUGAGAGACAUAUGCUGCAGGUAACUGACGGCCUCAGUUAGGGUGCGACUGUGUGAGACACAUCUUUUUUGCACUUAUGUACAUAGUCCGUGAACGCUGUGCUUGGAGCUUUUGUUUUUUAAAUAUAAGAAAGCUGUGAUAAUAGCGGAAAAGUUAGUUAAGAUAGAGUUAUUUCUAAGGCCUUGAGAAGGAGGGGGGGUUUGCUAGAAGACUUCACUAAAGCACGAUGUUGCUUUGCUGAUGGGAAGGCUUUCUGGUUCACUACAGUUCACCAAAAGAAAAGACUGGUAACAGGUGACAGGUCACCUUCUGCUAACAGCACUGGCCAAGAGCGAAAGGCCUCCCUCUUUUAGCAAGACCAGUAGCAAAGAUUGUUGGCUUUUUAGAUUAAACUCCAUUGUAAACACACACACACACACACACACACACACACACACACACACACCAGGCAGGUUUCUGGCAAAGGUUUUCUUUCUUCAAUGGUUGCAAGCAGUGAAAUGCCCGGUAGGUUGCAAGAUGGAUAGAUCCAUUUUGAUCAACUUUGAUUUCAUCUUUCACAGAAAAUUACCAAUUGAGAUGUAUCUGUUACAUCAAUUACUAUCCACUUACGUGACAAUCAAAAGUGUUAACGUUCACCACUACUUCUCCUUUAAAAUUCAGAUCCCAAACCCCAAUUGGCAACCAUCGAAAGACUUAAUUUUACAGUUAAGGAUGGCCAGCAUGGGGCAUUUCGUUCCCUCCAACAAAAGGAAAAAAAUGCUGGCACAACUUUAUAAACUUUAAAAAUGGCUUUACUUACCUUAGACCUGUUCAGUGGAAGCUGUUCUCUGACUUGCCUCUACCAGAUUAGAAAGUGCUCCACUGUGCCAUACAGCCUCCCACUGUUUGAACUAAACAGAAGAGAACCAGCCCAAAUCUCACAUGUGUAGGAGCUGGAAAAGGAUGUUUCAAACAGACCAUCUCUGUCAAUUUUAGCUCCGGGGUCACCUACCAUUCCCCUGUCUAACUUUUUGUUGCCUCCAGGCAAUGGGGUUAGAAAGGUGUGAGGAUAGAUCACCACGGGUACUUUGAGUCGCUCACAUCCUGGGGUGUCGCCCUUGCCUUGGAGAAGGAGCCCAUCCUGGGAUUGAGGAAGCUGGUAUUAGUAUCGCUACCCAUCUUACUGGUUCUCACUUACAGAGAGAGGAAAAUAAGCCAAAGCCAGAAAGCAAUCCAAGCCUUACCGUUAUCCAAUAGCUCAGGGCCAGUUGGUUAGAAAUUUCUCUCUCCCCCCCUUCAGCCCUUAAUCACUUAGAGUCAGCUCUACAACUAACAGCCUGACCAUCUGACCAGUGUUUCCACUGGUACAAAAUGUAAGCAUUCAUGCAUUCUAUAGUUAGGGACUCCAACUUCCACCUCAUCACCAAAAUAUUUUCCCAACUUACCCUGUGUUCUUGUGUUGACAUUUCCCUAUGAACCUAUAAGCCACAAGAAUAUAUUUUCAUAAGGUCAAGAGAAAUAGACAAUUUUAAGUGAAGAAUCAUCUAUUAAAUAGUAAGAAUGAACCUAGAAGCAUCACGAAAGAUAACCAAUUAAUUGACGGCAUGUUGUCCAUGCUGACAGCCAUUGGGUCCCACUCUUUGGAGCCGAAACAUAGGGACCAUGUUUCAGUGAGUCAAAUUAUAGAAGGAAGCAUAACAAAAUGUGCAUGACUUGAGGCCCAGAAGGGACCUCUGCCAUUAAACCCAGGAAAGGGCUUAGUUUGACUAGUUCCUACAGUUUCUAGCCCCUCCACUUGGCCUUGCCUAGGAAAGAACCACCCAUUAAUACUCCAAAGCAGGAUGAUUCCACAGAAAUGUUAUCUUUAAGUAGAACCCAUCCUCAAUUAUAGUAGACCUAAAAGGAAAAAAAUGUAUCACGGAUGCUGUCUGUUCACGAUGGAAACCAAAUUAUUCUGUUGCUAUGUCUUUUGUGUCUAGCAGUUGAGAGAAUAAUACGACCAUCCUAUCGUUGGAUUCUGGGGUUGCCCUUUUCAAAGUAAAUUUCCUUCGAUUAUUGUUGUUGUUGCCUUAAUUAUCAGCAAGUGAACCAUUUAUCAUACCCCCAAAUUACAAUCAUUUAGAUUUUAAGAAAAGAUGUUCCUAAAUGUACUCUUGUUUUUUAAGGGCUAACUCUGUGCACUUAUAAAACAACAAUCCAGGAUAAUGUAGAAAAUGAAUCACAAAUUUAGGACAAAAGAAUGUCAAUUUAAAAAUACCUGUGGAUAAGAAAACUAUCAGCCCUGUGCAACAGUUACAGAUUUAAAUAAUGACCAUGAGAAUUCACAGAUGAAAACUCUUCCCAUCAUAUUUUGCCUCCAAAAUGCCAUAGUUCAUUCCCUCAACUGCUAUCGAUAGGAUAGAUGCUUUGAUUUUUUUUCCAUUUCCCCCCCAGGUUAUAGUGCUGUACUGCUUGUUUGUGUCUAGAAGUGUGCUUUAUGCGAGUCAUUUUAGUAUGCUACUUCUGUGUUGUUUAUUUUUUGGUUCUUUUAAUAAAAUGUGUAAAUGUA